AUGAAGUUCACUUCUAUUUCAAUUUUGCUAUUUGCUCUUUGUGUCUCUGUAAAGACCGUUUCAGGAAACGUUGCCUGCCAUGCUGCUGAAGAGGCUAGAGUCCAGUCUGCAUGCCAAGAUCAUUGUGGAAGUACCGGUUAUACAGCGGGUGAAUGUGGUGAUCGUGGAAUCUACACUAACAAUUAUGUUCCUUUAGAUUAA